AUGGGUACCAACAGCUUUCAUGUUGCAAUAUCUCAUCUCCUUCAUUCCAACACCAUACCAGACGUGGAUGGUCUCCCUAUUGGCUCUGAAACAACUGCAGACCUUCCUUUCUCACUGCACUCCCUUCUCAUGACCGCAAUGGACCUAACUGAGCCUGUCAUUGAAGCUUCUCUACAAGAACUCAGACCCCAAAUGGUGUUCUUUGAUUUCACAUAUUGGUUACCUGCAUUGGCAUGCAGGUUAGGCAUUAAGGCUUUGCAUUACUGCACAAUAAGUCCUGCCACAGUGGGGUAUCUGAUAAGCCCUGAAAGAAAUCUACAUGAAAAGUCAUUAACAGAAGCUGAUCUGAUAAACCCUCCACCAAACUUUCCACCAUUAGCCAUCAGGCUACGAUCCCAUGAAGCAAGACAGUUGGCCACUGCUACUGCAAAGGAUUAUGGCAAAGGCAUUUCAUUUAUGGAGCGCCAAUUGAUUUCUUUUGCCAGUUGCGAUGCUAUCAUUUUCAAAACUUGUAGAGAAAUGGAAGGUCUUUAUUGUGAUUAUAUUCAAAGCCAAAUGAGAAAGCAAGUGCUUCUGGCAGGACCAGUUUUGCCAGGCCCACCAACCUCGAUUCUUUGGCUGGGAAGUUUUGAACUCACAGGUAUGCCUUUUCUUGUUGCCUUAAAACCCCCUAUUGGAACUGAAACAAUAGAAUCAGCUUUGCCUGAAGGAUUUAACGAAAGAACAAAGGGAAGAGGGAUGGUACGUGGGGAUUGGGUUCAGCAGCAACUGAUUUUGAGCCACCCAUCUGUCGGUUGCUUUGUAACUCAUUGUGGGUCUGGGUCAUUAACAGAGGCGAUGGUAAAUGAGUGUCAAUUGGUCCUGCUGCCCCAUGCAGGAGAUCAAUUUAUUAAUGCAAGAAUAAUGAGUGGGGAUUUGAAAGUGGGAGUGGAGGUUGAGAAAAGUGAAGAUGGACUAUUUACUAGAGAAGAUGUGUGCAAGGUAGUGAGAACCGUGAUGGACAAUGAUAGUGAAGUGGCUCAAAUGGUGAGAACUAAUCAUGCUAAAUGGAGAGAGCUCUUGUUGUGUAACGGACUGGAAAGCUCUUAUGUGGACCAUUUGGAUCACAUGCUGCAUGGUCUACUCAAAUCUUGA